UUGGUUGGCAGGAGCAGAUCGCUGCGUAAAAACAGACAAGCCGAGCGCUCGGAGCUCAGAAACUGCCAGCAGAGAUCACAGAAACUCGAGCUGGGACAGGAGAGAAAGAAAGCAACCGAGUCAGUGAAUGUGUCUGGGAAGCCAGAUAUAGCAAAAAGGAGGGUGGAAGAAAGCUGAUGCGGACCCUCGUUAGCGAGGAAAAAAAUGAGGGCGCGCAGGGAAAAGGCAUUCAAGGAAGAAAUGGCGAGAGAGGUUUAAGAGAAUCUCCACUGAGUCCUCGAGAAAUUCAGGGAUUUAAAGUUUAGGGUCGCCGAGCUGCUCUCUGCCUUCCUCCCACCCCACCGCACCCGUUCGAUGGCUGUAAUAUUUUCUGGCUGUUUUUAAUUUCAUCCCCCCCCCCCGGGAGGAGGGAGGGAGAAAGAGAGAGAAGCUUUUCUUGUGUCAAAUUUAUUUUUCUUCAACCAAAGGGGGCAUGUCCAUCGUUUCUUCUGGCAGCUUUUCCCUCUCCUACUCCCACCAGGAAGCCAACCCGAGGAUAAUCUUGAAAUAUACCAGUUCCCCGGGAUUUGCUGUUGCUGCUUCCACCGCCUCUCCUGCUGCUGCGGUGCAGUGCCAGGACACUGGGAAUAAAUUAACACGGGCUCCUCUGUCUAUAUAGCCACCUACCUAUUGCCUAUGGUUAGCCAUUUCUUGCGAAGAUCACGGAUGAGGUGGGAGCUCUGCCUGACAGCCUCCCGUGCCUAUCUUGCAUGAUUUUUCAGCCCUCCGCUUUCCCCCCCUUUCCUUUUUUUUUUUCCUUCCAGUUGCGUGUGAAGGGAGACGAUGAUGGGGAAGAAAAGAGAAAAUGAUGGGAAAGGAAUGAACAUAAAUCGUUUUUGAAGCUCGCCUCAGUCUUUGCUUUCCCUCUCCGGCCCCCAAGACACGGUAUUUCUCGACGGAGGAGGGGGAUUUUUGGAGAAGGAGGAAGUGUUGGCGUCGGGGAGGGGGAUCUCUUUCCCCUUUUGGAGAUGGUGGUGCUAUUCCUCUUUGCCUUAAACUGGAUGGUGGAGGGAGCCCUUUCGCAGCUUCACUACACGGUGCAGGAGGAGCAGGAACAUGGCACUUUCGUGGGAAAUAUUGCCGAAGACCUGGGAUUGGACAUUACAAAACUUUCUGCUCGCCGCUUCCAGACGGUGCCUAAUUCGCGGAGCCCUUAUCUGGAUCUCAAUCUGGAAACCGGGGUGCUGUACGUGAGUGAAAAGAUCGACCGCGAGCAAAUCUGCAAGCAAAGUCCGUCCUGCCAGUUGCACCUGGAGGUUUUUUUGGAAAAUCCGCUGGAGCUCUUCCGCGUGGAAAUCGAAGUGCUGGACAUCAACGACAACCCGCCCGCUUUCCCGGAGCCCGACCUGACCGUAGAGAUCUCGGAGAGCGCCACACCGGGCACCCGUUUCCCCUUAGAAAGCGCCUUCGAUCCGGACGUGGGGACUAACUCGCUGCGCACCUACGAGAUCACCCCCAACAGCUACUUCUCCCUGGACGUCCAGACGCAGCCCGACGGCAACCGCUUCGCCGAACUAGUGCUGUCCAAGCCCUUGGACCGCGAGCAGCAGGCGGUGCACCGCUACGUGCUCACAGCCGUGGAUGGUGGGCAGCCCCAGCAGCGCACCGGCACGGCCCUGCUCACUAUUCGCGUGCUGGAUUCCAACGAUAAUGUGCCCGCCUUUGAACAGCCGGUUUACACUGUCUCCCUGCCGGAGAACUCGCCGCCCGGCACCCUGGUGCUGCAGCUCAAUGCCAGCGAUCCGGACGAAGGCCAGAAUGGAGAGAUCAUCUACUCGUUCAGCAGCCACAUCUCUGCCCGGGCGCGGGAGCUCUUCGGCAUCUCCCCACGGACCGGCCGGCUGGAAGUCAACGGCGAGCUGGACUACGAGGAGAGUAGCGUCUACCAGGUGUACGUCCAAGCCAAGGAUCUGGGGCCCAACGCCGUGCCCGCUCACUGUAAGGUGUUGGUGCGGGUGCUGGACGCGAACGACAAUGCUCCAGAGAUCAGUUUCUCCACCGUCAAGGAAGCCGUGAGCGAGGCGGCGGCUCCGGGCACGGUAGUGGCUCUCUUCAGCGUCUCGGAUCGAGACUCCGAGGAGAACGGGCAAGUGCAGUGCGAGCUGCUCCAAGGCGACGCGCCUUUCCGCCUGAAAAGCUCCUUCAAGAACUACUAUACCAUUGUCACCGAGGGGCCCCUAGACCGGGAGCAGCCCGGCGGCGACGCCUACACGUUAACGGUGGUGGCGCGGGACAUGGGUGAGCCGGCGCUGACCACCAGUAAGUCCAUCCAGGUGCGGGUCAGCGAUGUGAACGACAACGCGCCCCGCUUCUCGCAACCCGUUUACCAGGUGUACGUGAGCGAAAAUAACGUGCCCGGAGCCUACAUUUACGCCGUCAGCGCCGCGGACCGUGACCAGGGCGCCAACGCACAGCUAGCCUACUCCAUCUUGGACAGCCAGAUCCAGGGCAUGUCAGUCUUCACCUACGUCUCCAUCAAUUCCGAGAAUGGCUUCCUCUAUGCGUUGCGCUCUUUCGAUUACGAGCAGCUCAAGGAGUUCAGCUUCCAAGUAGAAGCCCGCGACGCGGCCGGAGGAGGCGAGGAACCCAACGGCGAGGAAGCGCUGGCCGGCAACGCCACCGUCAACAUUGUGGUAGUGGACCAGAACGACAACGCGCCGGCCAUCAACGCGCGCCUCACCUACAGCAUUGCCAGGGGCAACGAGGCGAGCCUCUUCCGCAUGGACUGGCGCACCGGCGAGUUGCGCACGGCGCGCAAAGUGCCCGCCAAGCGAGACCCGCAGCGGCCCUACGAGCUGGUCAUCGAGGUCCGUGACCACGGCCAGCCCCCGCUUUCUUCCACCGCCGCCCUCCACGUGGUCUUGGUGGACAGCGCAGUGGAGCGCCAAGGGGCGGGCGCAGGCGGCGGCGGGGGAGUAGGGGGUGCCGGGGGGCUAGGCCCUGGCGGCGCAGGAGGCCCGGGUGGAGAGCAUCGGCCCAGCCGCUCGGGCGGAGCCAGCAGCGCCGAGACCUCGCUGGACCUGACACUCAUCCUCAUUAUCGCCUUGGGGUCAGUCUCUUUCAUCUUUCUGCUAGCUAUGAUUGUGCUGGCCGUCCGCUGCCAGAAGGAGAAGAAACUCAACAUCUACACGUGCUUGGCCAGCGAUUGCUGCCUGAGUUGCUGUUGUUGCUGUUCCUGCUGCAGCCGCCAGGCGCGAGCCCGUAAGAAGAAGCUCAGCAAGUCGGAUAUCAUGCUUGUCCAGAGCUCCAAUGUACCCAGCAACCCAGUCCAGGUGCCCGUCGAGGAGUCUGCAAGCUUUAGUUCCCACCACCACAACCAGAACUAUUGCUAUCAGGUUUGCCUCACGCCCGAGUCUGCCAAGACCGACUUGAUGUUCCUCAAGCCUUGCAGUCCUUCCCGCAAUACAGAGGCAGAGCACAACCCUUGUGGGGCCAUCGUCACAGGAUACACCGACCAGCAGCCCGACAUCAUCUCUAAUGGCAGUAUAUUGUCUAGUGAGACAAAACAUCAGCGCACAGAGCUCAGUUAUCUAGUUGACAGACCUCGGCGCGUAAACAGUUCUGCAUUCCAGGAAGCAGACAUAGUAAGCUCUAAGGACAGUGGUCAUGGAGACAGUGAACAAGGAGACAGCGAUCAUGAUGCCACUAAUCGAGGUCAAUCCACUGGCAUGGAUCUCUUCUCUAAUUGCACAGAGGAAUGUAAAGCAUUGGGCCACUCGGAUCGGUGUUGGAUGCCCUCUUUUGUCCCUUCUGAUGGACGGCAGGCUGCGGAUUACCGCAGCAAUCUUCAUGUACCUGGAAUGGACUCUGUUCCAGACACCGAAGUGUUUGAAACACCAGAAGCCCAGCCAGGGGCAGAGAGAUCUUUCUCCACCUUUGGCAAAGAGAAGGCCCUUCACAGCACCCUGGAGAGGAAGGAACUGGAUGGACUGCUGUCUAAUACACGAGCGCCUUACAAACCACCAUAUUUGAGUCCAUGGAUCCAAAACAUCUGUCUUGAUUUAAGAAGACUUCCUUUCAAGUACCAUCAUUCUUCAGAAGAAGGAAUUGUAUGA